AUGGCUCAAGCUCUGGGCUUUGCGUACCGUAUGGCCGUCCCCGCGGCCAUCGGUGUCGCGGUGCUGCAGUCGUCGAUCUACGAUGUCAAGGGUGGAUCCAGGGCCGUCAUCUUCGACAGGCUGUCUGGUGUCAAGGAGACUGUCAUUAACGAGGGCACGCACUUUCUCGUACCGUGGCUGCAGAGAAGCAUCGUCUUCGACGUGCGGACAAAGCCCAGAAACAUCGCCACGACGACGGGUAGCAAGGAUCUCCAGAUGGUCAGCUUGACCCUCCGUGUGCUGCACCGUCCUGAAGUUCAGGCCCUUCCCAAGAUCUACCAGAACCUUGGCCAAGACUACGACGAGAGAGUCCUCCCCUCCAUUGGCAACGAAGUCCUCAAGUCCAUCGUCGCGCAGUUCGACGCCGCCGAGCUCAUCACUCAGCGUGAGGCCGUCUCGCAGCGCAUCAGCUCCGACCUGCGCAAGCGCGCCGCCGAGUUCAACAUCGCCCUCGAGGACGUCUCCAUCACGCACAUGACCUUCGGCAAGGAGUUUACCAAGGCCGUCGAGCAGAAGCAGAUCGCUCAGCAGGACGCUGAGCGCGCGCGCUUCAUCGUCGAGAAGGCUGAGCAGGAACGCCAGGCCAACGUCAUUCGCGCCGAGGGCGAGGCCGAGAGUGCCGAGACCAUCAGCAAGGCCAUCGCCAAGAACGGCGACGGUCUUGUCCAGAUCAGAAAGAUCGAGGCCAGCAGGGACAUCGCCGCGACGCUGGCUGCGAAUCCCAACGUUGUUUACCUGCCCAGUGGCGGCAAGAGCGGUAGCCAGAUGCUGUUGAACGUUGGACGUUGA